GAUCGCCGCCGGAGCGGAGCGGAGCGGAGCCCAGCGGCAGCGCGCCUGGCCGCCGCCGUCCGCCCGCGGAGGCCCCGGGGACGCGGACCCCGCCCGCCGCCGCCGCCGCUUCUGCCUCCGUCGCGCAGGCGGAUCCCGCGCGCCGCUCCGCACUGGGCUCGCCCGCUCGCCCCCCGGAUGGGAAGUUGGGGAGAUGGACAGGGUCGCGCUGGCGUGGCUGGCUCUCCUCGGGCUGACAGCCCUGGCAGGUGGUCUCCAGGUCACAGUGCCCGACAAGAAGCAGGUGGCCAUGCUCUUCCAGCCCACGCUGCUCCGCUGCCACUUCUCCACGUCCUCCCGCCAGCCCGCCGUCGUGCAGUGGAAGUUCAAGUCCUACUGCCAGGACCGCAUGGGGGAGUCCCUGGGCCUGGCCUCUCCCAGGGCCCAGGCUCUCAGCAAGAGGAACCUGGAGUGGGACCCCUACCUGGACUGCCUGGACAGCCGGAGGACCGUUCGCGUGGUCGCUUCAAAACAGGGCUCGACCGUCACCCUGGGCGACUUCUACCGGGGCAGAGAGGUCACCAUUGUCCACGAUGCAGACCUUCAAAUUGGAAAACUCAUGUGGGGAGACAGCGGCCUCUAUUACUGUAUCAUCACCACCCCCGAUGACCUGGAGGGCAAAAACGAGGACUCGGUGGAGCUGCUGGUGUUGGGCAGGACAGGGCUGCUUGCUGACCUCUUGCCCAGUUUUGCUGUGGAGAUUAUGCCAGAGUGGGUGUUUGUCGGGCUGGUGAUCCUGGGCGUCUUCCUCUUCUUCGUCCUGGUGGGCAUCUGCUGGUGCCAGUGCUGCCCGCACAGCUGCUGCUGCUACGUCCGCUGCCCCUGCUGCCCCGAGUCCUGCUGCUGCCCGCAGGCCUUGUAUGAAGCAGGGAAAGCAGCCAAGGCCGGGUACCCUCCCUCUGUGUCCUGUGUCCCCGGCCCCUACUCCAUCCCCCCUGUCCCCUUGGGAGGAGCCCCCUCAUCGGGCAUGCUGAUGGACAAGCCGCACCCACCGCCCCUGGCUCCCAGCGACUCCACUGGAGGCAGCCGCAGCGUUCGCAAGGGUUACCGGAUCCAGGCGGACAAGGAGCGGGACUCCAUGAAGGUCCUGUACUACGUGGAGAAGGAGCUGGCUCAGUUUGACCCGGCCCGCAGGCUGAGGGGCCACUAUAACAACACCAUCUCGGAACUCAGCUCCCUGCACGAGGAGGACGGCAGUUUCCGCCAGUCCUACCACCAGAUGCGGAGCAAGCAGCUCCCCGUGUCCCGGGACCUGGAGAGCAAUGCCGACUACUGGCCGGGCGUCAUGGGAGGCAGCAGCGGGGCGAGCCGGGGGCCCUCGGCCGUGGAGUACAACCGGGAGGACCGGGACAGCUUCAGGCUCAGCCAGCAGCGCUCCAAGUCCGAGAUGCUGUCGCGCAAGAGCUUCGCCACGGGGGUGCCGGCCGUGUCCAUGGACGAGCUGGCCGCCUUCGCCGACUCGUACGCGCGGGCCCGGCGGGCGGCGGAGGACGGCCUGGACGCCAGGCCGGGCGGCCGCUUCGAGCGCGCGGAGCCGCGGGCGCGCGGGGGCCUCUUCGGGGACGGCCCGCCCGAGGGCUACCCGCCCGAGGGCUACUCCCCGGAGCCGUACUUCGGGCCACGGAGCCGCAGCCGCGAGCCCCCCGCCGAGGCCGAGCGCGCCUGGACCCCCGAGGCCGCGCCGCUGCCCCGGCUGGUGAGCCUGCCGGCCUGCGAGCGCCCGGGCCGCGGCGGCAGCCUGGACACCCCCGCCCGGCGCGGCCCCUGCUACGCCUGGUCCCCGCCCGCCUCCUACCGGGCCCGCGCCCCGCGGGGCAGCGACGAGGGCGACUCGGCCGAGGACACGCUGCCGCCCUACAGCGAGCUGGAGCUGAGCCGCACGCCGUCCCGCCGCGGCCGCGACCCGGCCGCCCACGGCUCCUCGGAGAAGCGGCAGAAGAAGGAGCCCACCAAGAAGCCGAACGACUUUCCAACCAGGAUGUCCCUUGUGGUCUGAUGUGUGUUCGAGACAGCUCUCUGGGUGACGAGAAUCAGACGUGGACAAUGAGGACAAGGCAUAAAUCCAGGAGCCAGCUGGCCCGGGACUCCUCCGGCCUCACCUUGGAAGGUUUGCUGAUCUUUGCCUUGGCCAGGGACGGGGGAAGGCUGAGCGAGGCUGGUUCCAAACCUCGGAACCAUCUAUCUGGUUUGAGAAAUCCGCCAUGGAAGCGACUGCACGCGAGAACCUUCCACACGCGCGUUUCUCGCCCGCCAGGCUCCUUAGCCGCACCAGGAUUCUCUCCACGUCUGACGGGAGUGAGCUGGGGACGGCUAGUCUCCAGGAAUGCCUCCAGCACGCAUUUCCGGGCCUCCUGGCUGUGCCGAGAGGCGGCAGCGCCUGUGACUGCUAUCACAAGGCCUCUGACCACGGGAGAGCUUCAGGCUGAGCUCACCCGUUACUCCCCUCUCCUCCGUCUCUGCUCCACGACUGCGGUUACACUGAGGACAGAAGCUGCCAGUGGGCUGGUGACCGUGACCUGCUGGACAGUCACAGAAAUGACUUCCACUUGCUGUUCCGAAGGACAGUUCUUGAGUGGCUGGCACAACACGGAAGAGAGUACAUACCUGUUUGAAAAGCUGUCUACGUGGAUUCCUUUUCCGUUUCUCUCUGCUGCACACGCCUGAGUCAUGGGCACGGGCUGGGGCCACACGGAGCCCCGUCUCCCUCCCCAUGCGACCGGCUCUUCGGUAAAUGCUCCACAUCUGCACGAGAAGCGGGAGCGAAAGGAGAGGACGCAGUAAUGGAGGGAGAAGAAUACCUGUUCUCGUAUUUGGAACAUGGGCCAUUUCCCCCACGGACUCCCGUGACUUCCCUGGGUUUGUACUGCGUCUGCCUCCGUAGUUUCUGCCGCAGCAGCUCUGCUGCUCCAGGUCCCGGACACGUGCCCACCGUGGCCUCUCUGUGGCUGCUGCAGACGCUUUGGAGACAAGGGGUGCUGCUCCCAGGGGAGCACUUCCUGUUCCCACCGUUGCCUAAAUGAUAGAAAGCUAGAUCCCUCUGGAUUUUGUCAUUUGUGUAAAUUGCAAAAACAUGGCCACACUUCUCAAUGAGAAAUGCAGUCUGUCCUCCUGCCCUCCACCCUCGAAUCUGGCAUGGCCAAAUGAUUUGAUUGGGCUGGUGGCCCAGUAACAAGUGUGGCACAAGCCGAGACGGAAAAUCCGUGGGCAUGGGACUGCCCUCUCUUGCUGCUCUUGCGCACCUGGCCGUUACCACCAGGGGAGUGAGCCCGGCUGUCCCGCUGCAUGAUGGGAGACAGGGCCGGUCCCCCCUCCCCCAGCCUGUCAACUCGCAGCUGAUUGCAGACAUGAGGGAGCCCAGCUGAGACCAACAGAAGAACCGCCAGGAGCGAGCCCACAUUGCUGACUCCUACACAAGGCAGGAGACGUUGCUCUCUCUAUAUGUUCAUCUUCUUCCCUGUCCGGCCCCGAAUCUCCGACUCCACCCAACCCCUCACUGCACAGCCUGCACUCUCGUGGACAGACUUCAGCCAAAGCCUUUCUCCCCAGGCUGUGUGGGGAGACUCGUGGCUGACUCCAAUCCCUGGAGGUGCUUGCCUGUGGCUUCCUUCCUCAGCAUCGCCUUGGGCUUCUCUAGGGCCACCUGACAAGCGAGGCUCCUUCUCGGAGGACCAUUCCAUUUACAUCACGUAUGGCCAGCAUAGUCCUACGUGCACAAUGAACGAAGAAGUGGCUGGGUGAGGGCCAGUGGCUGGGUUGAUGUCAUUGCUGGAGAACUGGGCUGCCAAGGACUCCACAGUGGCUCUGGCCUGUCCGGAGGACUCAGGCAGACAGUUCAGCCCAGUGCUGGCACUUCCAAGGGCUGGAAGACAUGAGCCAUAACCCUGGUGCUGAGUCUUCGAUGUGCUGCUGCCCCUGGCCUCCAAAAGCCUGGUCUAGUCUGUCCCUUUGGGCCUGGUCCAGAUGGGAAAGACCGUGAAAACAUCCUUUCUCAGUCACCAGCUUCGGCGUUCACUUGCUCAGGCAAUCUUGGAGAACAUCGACAGCUGCAGGCGCUCUCACUUCUUCAUCCGCACCCUGCAUCAGGCUUUUCACCACCAAAGAGCCUCCCACGCCCGCCGCAGAGCCCCCACUGCUCCGAGACGGGCCCUCUGGCUUGGGUGACUGGAGGGGGCAGUGGGAAAGGACUAAAAUUGGAAACCUGCCAUUCCAAGGACAACACACGUGCAGACAGUGACAGACAGGAAGUAGCCUGGGGCUGGGCCAGCUUGUCGUCUGAGAGUGACCGAGACGACAGGGCCUGCAGUGGAGAGAGAAGACGGUCGCUUCUGGGUACGUGGGCAGGAGGUGAGGCUGACGGACAAGGGAAGGCAGAGGUGCCCUCAGCGCCCAGGCUUCCCUGGACCCAGUGCUCCUGCUCUCCUGAGUCCGUGUCCUCGGAGGAAGGGCUUGCCCAGCCGCCUUCCCGGGUUUCCUGGGGCACAGAGCCAGUCCGGCGUGAGGCUGGCCCCUGGCCCCUGGGACCUGGGGGACAGGACAUGCCCAAGAAAGCACCGGGAGGUUCACGCAUCACGUGAAAUGCAGCGAUGGAUAAGUGACAGCAGACCCAGAGACUGAAGUGUGUGUUAUUUAAAUGGGUAUAUUUUGA